CAACAUCAGGAGAUAAUAAGAAGGGGACUGAAACUUUUCCGAAAGAGUUCUAAAGGCAUUUAUCUGUGAUUCCUGAAUGAUACCGGCCGUGACCAGCCCUUUUCGUACGAACCAGUUAGUUACUGGCUUUAAACAUCGAGUUCGAGGUCCUGGGCUUCAUCCUGUUACCACCUGUCCUUUUUGCUGAUCAACUUGUCCUAUGUCCCCGAACCUAUAUCUAAGAAAAAUUUGAAGAUUGUGGCCUAUUACUUCAAGUCCCACUCUAUUUUCUUCAGUAUCCUUGGAGCAAGUUUGAGUGAUGAUGCUUGUAAUGAGAGUGGGAUGAGGCAAACGUUGCUCCACUUUUUGGAUACUGCUGCUACAACCUCUCCCCUCGGACUCAAUCAUCUGAAUGUUUUGGGAUUACACUGUACCCUUUGAUCACUUCCAAUCGAUGGACCACUGUAUUGUAAAUAAUCGUGCAAGUGCUACAAUGUUCUGUUGAUCUUCAUUCUUCACUUUUUCAAAAGAGGAGGACAAGAGCACGCAACAAUUGUGAUAAUUCUUCCUGGCUUUCUUUCUUUUGUCAGCAUUUCAGACAUUGAUGGAAGUGAUUGAGACAUUACAGUUUGAAGAACAUCCAAGCAGUCAGCAGACCAUGCCAUCCAGUGGUCAUACCAGGUCCACCCUACUCCUUCCUGCUGACAAUGAAGGCAACAAAUCUACCGCUUUACCAAAUGGAAUACGGAAAGGUCAGAAAUGCCCACAGGGAUAUGUACAAAUCUCCUUACCAGAUGCACGCAGUAAAUUUCCGAUGGAGUGGUGGAAGACUGGUGUCGCCUUCGUUUAUGCACUCUUCAACCUGAUUAUGACGAGUGUAAUGAUCACUGUGGUACACGAAAGAGUCCCACCCAAAGAGAAGAAUCCUCCGUUACCUGAUACAUUCUUUGACUAUGUGGACCGUGUUGAGUGGGCUUUCAAGAUCUCCGAAGUCAAUGGAUUGAUCCUCGUCGGCCUCUGGACGAUCCAGUGGUUGCUUCUUCGAUACCGGUCGAUUGUGGGACGAAGGUUUUUCUUCAUAAUGGGAACUCUGUACCUUUACCGGUGUAUCACCAUGUACGUCACCACUUUACCUGUGCCUGGCAUGCACUUUCAGUGUGCACCAAAGCUGUAUGGGGACUCCCAGGCCAAGCUGCAAAGGAUCUUGAAGCUGAUCUCUGGCGGAGGUCUUUCGAUUACCGGCUCGCACAUCAUGUGUGGAGAUUUUCUGUACAGCGGUCACACUGUCAUGUUGACGAUCACCUACUUGUUUAUCAAAGAAUAUUCACCGCGACAGUUUUGGUGGUAUCCUUGGGUCUGCUGGCUACUCAGUGCAGGUGGCAUUGUGUGUAUCCUCAUAGCCCAUGAACAUUACAGUGUGGAUGUUUUAGUGGCCUAUUACAUUACAACAAGGCUUUUCUGGUGGUACCACACAAUGGCCAACAUUCCGACAUUGAAAACCCCCUCUCAGACUAAUCAAUUCUCCCAGGCCUGGUGGUUCCAGGUGUUCCUGUUCUUUGAGAAGAAUGUUCAUGCUUCAGUUCCCUGCUCCUACGUGUGGCCACUUUCUUGGCUUCCAAACUGUCUGAAGUCAUCGUGUUGGAGAUAUUCUCGGACUCAAAAGUUGUGAGAAGACGGCACGAGCCCCAGUGAUCCUCAGUCUUUCCCGUGCAGCAUCCUAUCAGAAGGAACAGAAAUAUAUAUCUUAAGGUUUACAUUCACUUCCAACUAAUAAACAAAUUGUGCACUUUUCUAAAUGCCAACUUGAAUGUAAGCCUAAAGAAUCUAGGAUGGUGGGGAACCAAUGAUUUGCAGGCCCAAGUAACUGUUUUUACGGACUACAACCUACAUUUUAAAUGCAAGUCUGGCUAUAGUGCAAUUACUUGACAUUCCUGAAGUGUCAGCUAAAUCAAGAGAAGGUUUCAGAUUUAAGCCUCACUUGUGAUCUAAAUAAAGAUGUACAAUCAUAUUCUUUGGAAGAGUAGUUCUACCAUGUUUGAACAUUUCAAUUGAAGGCAGGAUUGGAAGUAUUGAAAGACCAGAGGACUAACAGUCUGGCUGAGUGUAUUCUAAUAAAUCUAUGCAAUGUAUUAUUUUUGCACAUUCAUUCAGAUAUAGCUACAACUGUGAAUUUGGAAUUUCAAAAACUAGUGUCCUUAAGUCUUUUCUCUGCAAAAACCCAGGAUUCGGCAAUGAGAACAUAUAGCACAAGCCAACAGAAAUUGACCAAAAAGGUGUUCCUGGGCACACCAUUCUAUAUUUGUUUCAUUCUGAAAGUCUGUCUAAAAUUGAUUGAGGAAGGGUUUUGGGAGUUUAAGUUUCCACAUAAAAGAUACUCAGUCUUCCCCCAAACCCCUGAUGGUUGGGUGCAAGUGCACAGAAGAUGUAAUGCUGAUGUCUCCUGUUUAGACAUUCAUUAUGCUUCAUGAUCCCAGCAGUUGAGACUCCACACUUGGUAACAAUGCUACUGAGCUAGGAGGAAGUCAGCAUUCCCAAUGGUGAUGCAGAGACUCCUGGUAUGUAAAACUCUGUGCUGGUGAACACUGGGUAAAACCAACACCAGAAUGGAUUGCAAAGCCCUCCUGGGGUCUCUUGGUUCCUCCCCACUUGCUGACUGCACAUGCACGUGGAAAGUAUGCAUGUAACUAGAAAGUUAUCACUAGAAUGAAUUUCCAAACUAGCACUCAGCAAUAAAACCAGAGG